AUGAAAACUCAUUACUUUCUCCUGGUGAUAGUUUUUCUCUUCUCCCAGAUGGAUCCAGGUGCUGGUAUUCUCACAAGUCUUGGACGCAGAACAGACCAAUACCGAUGCCUCCAGCAUGGAGGAUUCUGUCUCCGCUCCAGUUGCCCUUCCCAUACCAGGCAACAGGGAACCUGUAAACCAGAUAAGCCCAACUGCUGUAGGAGUUGA